AUGCCAAGAAGGAGAAACGAUCCAGAAAAUACACAAGGUGGUGGGGAGGCUAAGGAGCCUCGCAUCAAUCGAGGUGAACAGCAUUCUAAAACCGCGAGCCCUUCAAGUUCAUAUCAUGGAGAUGAUUCACCCCAAGUGAUUCAGCCGACAAUAUCCACGUGUGAGGAAGAUUUCAAAGAUCAGCCCCCAGUCUGGGCCAAGGACCGCACCGACCUAUGUAAUACCAUCAACUGGUUUCGUUCAUACCAGGGUAGCUCAUACACGAUAAACAAGACGUGUUAUGGUUUCCUCCUCGAUGGGCAUGGUGGCCCACGAGAUUAUAUAGAUGAUGAGAUUGUCAUAACGCGAGUCGGAGGCGGGUGCGUGGUAGAAAACGGAUCCGUAAUACAGGAUAAGGACCUGAGCGAGGCCACCUCGGCGGUGAUUUCGCUUCGCGCAAGUAAGGACUCCAGACUCGCUGUCGGUCUAAUCAUUGGCGACAAAAAUGAUGCUAUUUGGAGAAAAUUACCACACAAGUACAACGUCAUGGGCUGGUUUCGCGUUGUUAAUGUCUGGUUUGAGAAGACUGACAAUGGUAAAUUUGGAGCGCGUGUCCGAUUCCAAAAGCUCGGCCUCGAAAACCCCAGUUGGUGGGCUAAAAAAGGGUCGGAAGAUCCUCUGUCAUUGAGUCAACGGAUGCUCAUCGGCGCCCAGAGCGAAAUUUGUCGCACAUGUGGUAAAUCUAGCAUGUUGACGUAUGAGCAAGGAUGGAUGUGCCUCCAGCGAAAUUGCGAAGCAUGCUGGAAGUUGAAGAACGGCACGAGCCCUACCAAUCUAAUAUAUGAUACAACAUUUCUCAGCUCUCGCGAGCCGCCCGACGACAAUAUUCAACCUCAUUUCAGUCUUAUCCCUGAUCUCUUGACCGACAUGGCUAAUCCAGAUGCACCUACACGCAGAGAUGCUUGGCGAGGUGUGGUGUGCCCAGUGUGUAAGAAGUGCAUUUCCCGGAAACAUUGGAACGGUUGGAUAUGUUCCGAUCCAUUGGACAACAAUACUGGACAUCAAGCUACCUGUCAGUGGCAGAUGACAAUGGACAUGUCCGCUAUUUCAAUUCAAUCUGUCCUGGAAAUCGGAGCCACCAAAAGACGUUCUCGCACAGAUCGAGAGGCACUCAUACAACCAAGCAUUCAGACCACAAGCUCAUACAAAAUAGUGACUUACGCCAUUGAUGACGUUGGCCGGAUUGUUCAUUUUAGCGCUAGAGAUUCGACCCUCCAAAAGCCCAACGGUCCAAAUGAACUAUUCGAACGCCUUCAAGAGGUUGAUCUGGGAAUGUGCCGAUUUCCUAUUGAUGUGAAAGGCGUAUCUGGACAGUUGACAUCGCAUUUUGCAGCUAACUUCGGAAUGCCAUAUAAGUUUGUUGUGCCAGUCCACUCAAAAGCCUUCACCGAAGCUCCAGCCGAGAUAAAGACCGCGCUUAGUCGCCUGAGUUGGGCUACUAAACAAGUUGUUGGUGAGGAAGCGCUUCGUCUCAACGAGUUGUUGACGGUUGGUUACUUUGAAAAGAUGUCGAUGGGUUAUCACGACGAUGGUGAAGAUUCAUUAGGACCUACCAUUGCAUGUUUAUCUCUUGGAGCUAAUGCAACUAUGAAAUUUCGUCUCAAGGACCAGUAUUUCCGAGGCAGAGGUCACACCUCGAAAACGCUCGUCGCAGAUGACGCUGUUCUUCUAGGUUGCGAUAAUUUCGAAGAACGCAAAGAGCUCAAAGAACAGCACGACACGGGACAACUCAGCGAUAGUGAGUAUACCAAGCAACGUAUGGAACUAGCAGACGCCAUCAAAAGGCGAGAGGCAAGUGCUCUUAUUACCCUAGACCUGCAUCAUGGAGACAUGGUGGUUAUGCAUGGAUCAUUGCUACAGAAGUACUACGAGCACUCCGUUGCUUCUGAAGGCAAGCUUCGUUUCGCCCUUACUGCUCGACACGUGUUGGAUGAGAAUGUGGAGGUCGAAGAACGCGCAAAAGGUCAGUGUGAAUUUACUCCAGAUCAGAUUUAUGAUGGGGAGUAG